AUGGCCAAGAACAAGAAGGAGAAGAAUCGAAGUACGAAAAGUGAUUAUGCGACUUAUCACAAAACUGAGGUUUUUUGCAAGUGUUCCGAAUGUACUGGAGAAUGCGGUCCCAAGGGCAAGUCGAUACCGAAGUGGAAGGAACGGGAACAUCGCAAGAAGGAGGGGGAACGCAAGAAGGCCCCAAGAAUGCGUUCAGAGUCCAUCAAAACCAUCGAGACACUUGCUGCACACCAGAUAAUGCAGCAACCUGAGGCGGGACCCUCUCGGCAUGUCGUAGAAGCAACACACCACCAUCCUUUUCGAUUGUCUGAGCCACCUGAGCUACAUCAUUCACCCUCUCCACAGCAGCUCGAGUCUGCUCCUGAUAUGGAUGUAGAUGAUUUUGACAUUGGCGAGAGUUGGAACGACCUGCCCGAUGUUGGAAGUGCGGUUCCUAGUAUUGAAAGAAUGAUCGGAGAGACUUCUGGAGUCUCUGCAUCUGGGGAUUCAGCUCCAGAGCCCCAGCUUACUACCCUGCGUGCUGAUGAUGACUUCGCUGAUGAUUUAUACAGUGUCGACAUCGAUUUUAUACCCGACGAUGGCCAGGAUGAUGUGAUGUUUCUCGAUGGUGGUCACAACGGCUCACAGGCACUGGUGGUGCCCACCCAAACUCACAAUCCGCAGAUGCACCUGGAAGAUGCCACCACCCAUGAAACGACCGUCGAAGGGGAGCUAGUGCUGGAGCUUCCUCGUCCCCCUUCAGUAGUCUUAGCUGCAGCAUCCCCUCACUGGUUUUGGAAAAUCACCCUGCUGCUCAUCGCGUGGCUAAAUCUUCACUACCAUCUGCCGCAUCUCGCGUGCACUCUUAUCCUCAAGAUCACAAGACAUAUCCUUGUUGGCCUCACUGUACUCGCACCUGACGAGAAGGUAGCCGGGUCGCUCAAUACCGUAUUCAACCACCUCGACAUCAAGGAUAACUUUGAUAUUCACCCAGUUUGCCCGGUUUGCCACCGCAUUUAUCCUCACGAUUCUCAAGGUGACGCAAAAUGUUUGAAUUGCUCUGAACCUUUAUUUGAGCCCAGCGCAUCAAGAACCAAACCACGGCCAUGUCUACAGUGUCCACAGAAUCCACUCUUGAAUGCGAUCCUUCGUCUUCUCUCUCACGCAGGAAUUGAGGAGGAACUUGAUGCUUGGCACCAUCACGUUCCAGAACCUGGGAAGCGCGCGUCGAUUCAAGAUGGAGAGAUAUGGAAAACCAUCAAGGGAAACGAUGGCGAGCUCUUCUUCGACAAUAGUCCAGAACGUCCCGACAAAGACGAGCUUCGCAUUGGUAUCACACUAGGAUUCGAUGGAUUUGGUUAUCAGCGCAGUCGUAAUGCAGGAACGCACAGCUCGGGCAUCCUCUCAAAUUGUAUUGUGAACUUGCCGACACAUUUGCGAUACCGACCACAAAAUCUGAUGGUCUUUGGUAUCACGCCAGGGCCAAAAGAGUUUGAUAGUGAUGAGUUACAAUUUUUCAUGAAAAACUACGUCGACAACUUAAUCUCACUCUACGAAAAUGGAAUCGUGGUCAAGAUGCCAAAUUAUCCCAACGGCCGUCGAGUUCGUAUGAUCCUGGUCGCCGUCUGCGCUCUGUGCCACAUUAAACGCAGCGAGUUGAAGACGAGGGAUGCAAUGGACUAUGAUAAAUUUCCUCCUCGAUACGGGGAGGAGCAUACAAAACGAGCCCAGGAGUAUCUGGACCUGGAUGACAAGGAACGCGAGGCCUUCUUUAAGCUGCAUAGCGCACGCUACUUCGAGCUUUCACGCUUGAAGUAUUUUGACCCAGUGCGCAUGUCAGUCAUUGACCCAAUGCACAGUUUCCUUCUCGGUAUCAUACAUUGUCACUGGUACGAUUCGUGGAUUCAAACUAAUACUAUACGAAAGCGGACCGACAAAAACAAACGCGAACUGGAUCAGAUUCAUGAGUAUCUAACAACGUUUGAAAUGCCCAACUGGGUUGGACGCCUCCCUGAACAAGUCGGCUAUCCUUCUGGAGGCUCGUUGACGUCAGACGAGUGGAAGGGACUUGCCUUAGUAUUCUGUCCGAUCGUGAUACCCUUUCUAUGGCAGGAGUGGUACCCGAAGGCCAACACUACAUACGACAAGGCAUUAACGUCCUGGGAGAACAGAGAGAGACAACGUCUCAUUUGUCUCACCGCUGGAAAAGCGAAAAAGGGUGACGACAAACCGUCAACGAAGCCCGUUCCUCAGAUGCAUCCGUCGGCACCUGACAAUUUUUUGAAACUUGCUGCAGCCCUCAAAAUCAUCCUCGGACGUUCCUUCAGAGAUGCUGAUAUUCCACGCGCCAAGGAAUUGCUCCGCGACUACCUUAUGGAAUAUCUCGAGCUUUACCCCGACGAUGUAAAGCCCACGCAUCAUUGGGUAACUCACAUUUUCGAUCAACUACAAGACUACGGACCUGUGUACAACUUUUGGACGUUUCUCUUCGAGCGCUUGAACAAAGUCCUCAAGAGUUACUCGACGAAUAAUCACAGCAACGGCGAGAUCGAAGUCACGUUCAUGCGUGCAUUUCAGAAGGAUGUUGCAUUGUGUGAUAUGCUUGCGAAUCUAAACACUGCGCCCGAUAUGCAAGAUGAAUCAUCGGCCGAGAACAUGCUGCUGUUAGAAGCUGUGAGAAUUAUCUUGGCCACUGAUGGCGACACACGCGGGACGGUAGCCUCUCUCGCUCACGAAAUGGAUCAAGCUGCAGAAGACUUUGAUGCACGCUUCUCGCUUGGCGCCUCUGCUUUCACAACUCUCUCUCGGCAGCAGCAAGACCAACUAAUUAAGUUCUAUGAAUCCUCGUACCCUAACGCUAAAGUUGUCUCGCGCGCAGCAUCAACUAAUGCAAACGACCCGAAUUUCCUCAAUAGCCGUGCUCGAACUUUCACACAUAUCGUUGUCGAUGGACAUCACAUCCUACCAUCUUCCUCGCUGAAUAAUGCAUCAAGUUCUCUUGUACAAGCUGAUAUCGGAGGCAGGUGUUACGUUGGGCAAGUCAUGUCUAUAAUAUCUCAUGCACCAUCAGGAAAAACCUCCCCUGUGUAA